CUCUAUGAACUAGAUGGGGACCCCAAGAGAAAAGAGUUUCUGGAUGACCUAUUCAGCUUCAUGCAAAAGAGAGGUGAGAGUGUUGUAUAAGGAGUGGCGUAUGUGCCAGAGAGUACUGUACAUUUCUGUCCCUGUAUCUAGCAGAGCCACAUCAAUACCAAUAAAUUUGUAAGUCGCUCUGGAUAAGAGCGUCUACUAAAUGACGUAAAUGUAAAUGUAAAUGUAAAUGUAAAUGCCAUGACUCGAUGGAGACUGGAAGGCUGUACUGUUUGCCUUGGUGGGUUAGUACUGGGAGGCAGUGUUCUGUUCUCUAGCCCAGUGUUUCCCAACUCCAGUCCACAAGGACCCCCAACAGUACACAUUUUUAUUGUAGCCCCGGACAAGCACACCUGAUUCGACUCACCAAGGGUUUGAUGAUUAGUUGAAAAGUUGAAUCAGGUGUGUUUGUCCAGGGCGACAAUCAAAAUAUGUACUGUUGGGUGUACUUCAGGACUGGAGUUGGGAAACACUGCUCUAACCCCCUAACCCCCGCCCCUCCCCCCCUCCACUGACAUACAAAACACCAUUUACAUUUACACUUACAUCUCAGCUUUCACCUCCAUGGGUGGAUCUUUAUUCAUUUGGAGAUGAUUGCUUUAUGGUCGGCCAAGCCCUCACUGUUCCCAGCGCAUCUAAAAGUAGAGAGUACACCAGAGUGCAUGUAUUGACUUAGGAAUGUAUUUACUUAUAUGUUUAGGCUCCAGAGUUUGUAUGUUGCUCCGUUAUGGUGUUUGGUUUGGUUCAGCAUUCCAUGUGUGAAUUGCUGCCUCAAAACAUGGCAAUUUCACACAAGCAUAUUUGAUUAAUGAUAGUCAGCUUUAUCUACAAACCGAUGCAGAGAAACAUCAUGGAGAGUAGUCAGAAGUCACAUUGUGGGUUCAAUAAGUGUUUUAUUCAAGCAUUUCAAACAGGACAGUACAUUGUAUAAUGUUGAUACACAAAUUAGUUCUACUUUGGAAAUAUAAGGCCAACAUGUCGAAUGUAAUAGCAAUAAAUAUAAAUAAAUGUCAAGAUAGUCAGUGUGAAAAAUCCAGAAUUGGAUGUUUACAGUAUGUUGGCUCUCAAACAAAUGUAUGGGUGGAUCUGCGUGCAUAGUUUCUCUAAUAAUUGGACACUGCCCUCUAGGGAAAAUAUAGGGAAUUUACAAAAGACUGACAGGAGAAAAUAUCCUUGUUAUUUUUUAAUUGUUCAAGAUGUCAUGUUUUUGAAAGGAUAAUAAGACCCAAUACCAUAACAAGAAUAAAACAGACAUGGUAUUGACAAUUUAUUAUGUAUUGAAGUAUUGUGUGCUAAGAAAAGGUGUGACACUGUAGGAAAACAAACCCUCUUUCUCUAAUAGAACAUUACAUUUCUGUCACCAAAGCCACGUCCAUUGAAUGUAGUGUUGUACUCCUGAAGCGUUCAAACAGUUUCAAACUACUAGAAAGCUUUCUCAGUUCACACUCAGUUCCAUAGCAACUUAUCAAAAGAGAAACCUAGCAAAAGAGUAUGGUGUAACCACAGGCAGUGAGUUGUCUUUUCCUAUCUCCAGGAACCCCUGUGAACAGGAUCCCGAUCAUGGCCAAGCAGGUCCUGGACCUGUACAUGCUGUACCAGCUGGUGACAGAGAAGGGAGGCCUGGUGGAGGUCAUCAACAAGAAGCUGUGGAGAGAGAUCACUAAAGGACUCAACCUGCCUACCUCAAUUACCAGUGCUGCCUUUACUCUCAGGACACAGUGAGUACCAGGGGUUGGAACUGAAAUAAUUUUCCAACCAUUUAGUUCUGAAAAGAACCAUUAUUUUUUUCAUUCCGUUCCACUGUUUGGACCAGCAAAAUAAAGUUCUGAACUGGUUCGAACCAAAACAAAGUAACGGUUUAUAUCAUUCCUUUCUGUUCCUUUUUAAAACCUCUGAAAUCUAUUACAUUUAGCGCAACAUGAAAUGACUUCACCAAUCAGUGCAUAUAGAGCAGCUUGCUAUGGCGCGGGCAAGCUAUUUACAUGCAUUGAACAGACAAGUGUAGGGCGUGAGAUGCGAUUGACAUUUUGUGGGGAGUGAGAGAGGGUGGAGGAGGAGGCUUGGCAUGAAGCGCUGGCCAUCUUGUAGUUAUGACAUACAUUAUCUGAAUUAGUCCCACAUAAUUAUACCUACAGAGGAGUGGCUUCUAUGAAGGAACUUUGAAUGUCUUUGAACUUCAGAGAGUUGGCUUAACGUUGGAGCAGAGCGGCACCAGAAUUAAAAUAAAAACACGUCUUACCUUUUUGUAGUUAAUAAAUCCAAUGUGAAACGUAAUAACUACAGUAUCCUUAACUAGCAUUGAAAAGGUUAAUCCAUUCUUCUCUAAUACAAAAUCUCUCUAAUUUCUGAAUCCCAUUUGUACGUCAGUAGGCUACACUUUGCAUAGGCGCUUUGUUGCGUUUUUUGUGGGACUGAAAAACAAUGGCCGUAACAUAAAAUAAUGUUAUUAACCGGUUCCCAUGCUUUUAAAAUAACCGUUCUGUUCUGGAACAGUAUAAAUCACUUUCGUUCCCGGUUCUGAUUGUGUUCGUCGAAAAAUUUAAUUAUUUUCCGGUUUUCUGUUCCAUUCCCUGAACCAGUUCCAACCCCUGGUGAGUACACACAUUCGCGCGUACACACACACACACAUAAUUUGGAAACUUGUUUUAAAGGUAUACUUAUCCAUUGUAAUAGUGUUUUUCAAAUGAUUUCAUAUUUCAUCAAAUGUUCCUAAUACCAACUGAAAUUACGUUUUCACAGAUACAUGAAGUACCUGUACCCAUAUGAAUGUGACAAGAGGAGCCUCAGCAACCCCAAUGAGCUCCAGGCAGCUAUUGACAGUAACCGGCGGGAGGGCCGCCGGCAGAGCUUUGGCAGCUCCCUCUUCACCUACUCCCCCAACGGGACCCCCACCAUGUUGUCCUCCCCCAAGAUGUCCAUGCAGAACAUGGGGAUGAAUGUGGCCACCAACGGAGCAUCUCUCACUCACAUCCAGAAAAUCAAGAAAGGUGUUGUUGGAGAGCGAGGGGUUUUGCUCAGAUAUCUUUAGAGGACAAUUAUGCUGCAUUGAAAUUAGGAAGUUCAUUUUUUGUUUUUAAUUUAAAUUGUUUUUUGGGUUCAUUCAUAUCAGAUCUAUGAAUAAAGCCAACGAUUGAAGUGAACAGUAACCCAUAACACGAACACAACCACAGAGUGUUGGGAGGGUUCAUACAGAUUAUAACAGAACAGUUGAAGUGAACAGUAACCCAUAGCAUCAGACAACAGAUAUUUUAUUUGAAAUGCCACCACAUCCCACACCAACACUACCCUGUUCUAAACUUCUCCAUCUCCCCUGCAGAAGAGGAGGGCGGUCAGCCCCUGUCCGGCGUGGGCCGCAUGUCUGGGCAUCCUCUGGUGGGUCACUCGGUGGCAGUGGUGCAGGCGGCAGGGGCCCAGGUAGCCAUGGCGGCCCAGGUAGCGGCUCUGGAGCAGCUGAGGGACAGACUGGAGGCGGGCGAGCCCCCGGAGAAGAAGAUGGCCCUGCCUGCCGAGGAGCACCAGCGGCUGCUGCAGAGAGCGCUGCAGCACAACCUGCUGGCUAUUACCACCCAGAUGCCCAUGAAUAUCCGCAUCAACAACCAAGGUAAAGCAUGUUGCAAUUUUAGAUUCACUUUAAAUAAAGUUUGAUUUGAAGGUAGCAAUAUUGGGCCACCAUUGCAGCCCUUCAGUAAAAUAACAUGUGUCUUAGUAUGGUUAAUAACCAAGGUAUGUCACUCACAGCAUUGGUUCCCAAACUUAUUUACAUUGUGACCUAGCUAAGGCCUUUCAAUUUUCCUUGACAACCACCACAUUAGACAAAACCGUAUCUCUAAGCCACAACCCAGUCUUUAGCUACAACCCAGGGACUGGGAACACAACCCAUUAGUGGUUCUCAACCCAUCAUCUUAGAAAACUCUGGUCUACAGGACAGUCCUAAAGGGGGAUUUAUGUUAUGUAGAUCAGGCCUCCUAUUGUGAAGCAAAAUUGUCAAUCUUGAACUGGUCAAACAAUUGUGUAUAUUGACCCAUUUUGCAUAUACAACGUGCCCCGGCAGCAUACAGACUCUAUACGUAAGGGAUUCCCUAGGUCAACAGCAGCAUUUUCUUAUCCUCUUAUCAGUGUCUAGUAAAAGUACAGAAUGCUGGGGAAUUUGCCUUGAUAUUUUGUUGUUUUUAUUAAAAUGAAUUCAUACUAUUUUAUGGAAAGGCCCUAAAGCUAUGCAGCUUUCCCCCCUCAACUCUUCUUUUAUGUGUUUGCUGUCUAUCUAACAGUAGUUUGCGAGUCUCCACAGAAACUUAUGAGGUUUUGUGUGUCUGUGCUUCAGUAGUAGGGUUAUGUUUUUGUAGUUACUCAGAUGUUUGGUUGUUCAGGCUGUUUGUAUGUAUAGUUGUUCAGCAAGGCAGUUUACAUAAUAGGUUGUACAGUUAGUAUGUAAAUGUUAGGUUAUUCAGUGACUUUGUUUAGGUUGUUCUGUUUGUUUGUUAGGGUUGUUCACGUAGUUCGUUUAUUCAGAUAUCCAUUAGUACAUGUUGUUAGAUUGUUUAAGGAGUUUGUUUGUUUAGAAGUUUGUUUGUUUAGUGAGUUUGUUUAUAAAUUAGGUUGUGCAAUUAGUUAAUUAGUUUACAGUGCCUUCAGAAAGUAUUCCUACCCCUUGACUUAUUCCACAUGUUGUUGUGCUACAGCCGGAAUUCACCCAUCUACACACAAUACCCCAUAAUGACAAAGUGAAAAAAUGUUUUUAGAAAUGUUAGCAAAUUUAUUGAAAACGACAUACAGAAACACAGUAUUACAUUUACAUAAAUACUUUGUAGAAGCACCUUUGGCAGCAAUUACAGCUGUGAGUCUUUCAGGGUAAGUCUCUAAGAGCUUUCCUACACCUGGAUUGUUCAACAUAUUUCCAUUAUUCCUUUCAAAUUGGUUUUUGAUCAUUGCUAGACAACCAUUUUCAGGUCUUGCCAUAGAUUUUCAAGUAGAUUUAAGUCAAAACUGUAACUCGGCCAUUCAGGAACAUUCACUGUCUUCUUAGUAAGCAACACCAGUGUAGAUUUGGCCUUGUGUUUUAAGUUAUUGCCCUGCUGAAAGGUGAAUUCAUCUCCCAGUGUCUGGUGGAAAGCAGACUGAACCAGGUUUUCCUCUAGGAUUUUGCCUGUGCUUGCUCCAUUCCAUUUCUUUUUUAUCCUGAAAAACUGCCCAGUUCUUAACGAUUACAAGCAUACCCAUAACAUGAUGCAGACAGCACUAUGCUUGAAAAUAGGGAGAGUGGCACUCAGUAAUGUGUUGUAUUGGAUUUGCCCCAAACAUAACACUUAGUAUUCAGGAUAAAAAAGUGAAUUGCUUUGCCACAUUCUUUGCAGUAUUACUUUAGUGCCUUGUUGCAAACAGGAUGCAUGUUUUUGAAUAUUUUCCCUCUAUCAUUUAGGUUAGUAUUGUGGAGUAACUGCAAUGUUGUUGAUCCAUCCUCAGUUUUCUCCUAUCACAGCCAUUAAACUCUGUAACUGUUUUAAAGUCACCAUUGGCCUCAUGGUGAAAUCCCUGGGCGGUUUCCUUCCUCUCCGGCAACUGAGUUAGGAAGGACACCAGUGUCUUUGUAGUGACUGGGUGUAUUGAUACACCAUCCAAAGUGUAAUUAAUAACUUCACCAUGCUCAAAGGGAUAUUCAAUGUCUGCUUUUUAUUUUAUUUUUACCCAUCUACCAAUAGGUGCCCUUCUUUGCGAGGCAUUGGAUAACCUCCCUGGUCUUUGUGGUUAAAUCUGUUUGAAAUUCAUUGCUCAACUGAGGGACCUUACAUAUAAUUGUAUGGGUGGGGUACAGAGAUGAGGUAGUCAUAAAAAAAUCAUGUUAAACACUAUUAUUGCACACAGAGUGAGUCCAUGCAACUUAUUAUGUGACUUGUUAAGCACAUUUUUACUCCUGAACUUAUUUAGGCUUUCCAUAACAAAGGGGUUGAAUACUUAUUGACUCAAUACAUUUUAGCUUUUCGUUUUUAACUAAUUUGUAAAAAUGUCUAAAAACAUAAUUCCACUUUGACAUUAUGGGGUAUUGUGUGUAGGGCAGUGACAAAAAAUCUAAAUGUAAUACAUUUUCAAUUCAGGCUGUAACACAACAAAUUGUGGAAAAAGUCAAGGGGUGUGAAUACUUUCUGUUAAGUUUGUGUAGUGAGGUUGUCCAUAUGUACAGAUCUUCCUGUGAUGUUGAUGCUUUUAUCUGACGUUAAAGGGAUAAACUGCAGUUGCUACAUCAAUUUUUUAAAAAUACAUAUAAAAUGCCUCAUGAGCUUAGUUUAACUGUCAUACCCCAUCAUAACCUGAAAUAGUAUCAUGUUUUACUCCAAUGUUUGUAAACAAAGUGAAUGUAAACAAACACUAUAUAGCCUCAAAACAUGGUUAAACUAUCAUGUUGAUAUGGAUGGUCAGUCCUUGCAUCCAUAUCGGUGUCUAUGAAUUUGAGAGUGUUUACGUUUCUCCAGCCCCAUCCCUCAGCUUUUUACGCAAACGGGCAGGGAAAAACGCUUUGUUGUUUCAACUGCUGAUUGCCGCUUUAAACAUCACCCAUGAAUGCUGUGGACGUUACAUGCUGUGUGUGUUUUCUCAGAUGGCCGGCAGGACUCAGCUCUCAAUCUCACCACAAAUGGCAUGAGCAGCAUCAGUAUGUCAGUGGAGCUCAAUGGAGUGAUGUACACCGGUGAGUCACCAGUCACAGAGUCUACUACACUGUCUUGUGUUACCAUAUGUGUUACUACUGCAACUCACAACAUUGUUUGUCAACAUUGGACCUUUGCAGGUCAGGAAAACACAUCAAGUUGAACUUACAACUUGCUAUCUUAUUUUUGCAAUGACAUAAAUGUUACUGUACAUCUCUGUUUUUUGUUUCCAUGCAGGUGUGCUAUUUGCUCAGGCAGCCUCGUCAGCCUCGUCAGGCCCCUCUGGAUCAUCAAGUAACAACAAAGCCCCUGGUGGGCGCAGUGGAUCCCAGCCGUUCCCCUACACACCUACCUCAACCAACCCAUCAUCUUAA